GAUUGAGUACAGACUGGAUUUACAAAGAGACAGAAAGUGACCGAGUUUAAUUUAAACUGGAAAAAAAGAGUUGCGUCCAUUUCUGCUCAGACGUUUGAGCAGGAAAGUGAACAACAAAACCAAAUAUUAAAGGAGCUGAGCCAUGGCGAGUGUCCAGAUCCGGAAGUAUCAGGAUGAAGAUGCUGAGGCUGUGAAGGAAAUCCUCAUGUUAGGAAUGACUGAACACAUACCUUCAACCUUCACCCACCUCCUGAAACAGCCUCUGACACAGAUGGUGCUCAUGUGCACGUUCUGCGCUCUCCUGACCAGCUCCAAGUCCUUCCUGCUGCCCAUCCUGGCUGUGACUCUCCUCCUGGUCAUUGCUCGGCAGAUGAUCGUGUACACGUUCAACAAUUACAUCGAGUCCUCUAUGAAGACAGACGUCGACAACAUCCAUGAAAUCUACCUGAAGCAGAAGGACUCGUGUUUUUGGGUGGCAGAAUAUGAUGGUCAGGUGGUCGGCACCGUGGCCUGCCUCCCCAGUGAGAACGCCCCCUCAGGAUGCUUGGAGUUGAAACGUAUGUCUGUACUCCGCAGUCACCGCAGGUUGGGCAUCGCUAAAGCUCUGUGUCAGACAGUCACUGACUUCACCCGUGACAGGGGGUACGGAGGGGUUUUCCUUCACACCUCUAUGGUGGCGACAGAUGGUCAGAGACUGUACGAACACAUGGGCUACGAUAAGAUCAGGGAGUUUGUCUUACCGGAUCUAUUCGGCAAAUUCAUGAACUUCACUCUGAUUGAAUACAGACUGGAUUUACAGAAAGACAGAAAGAAUGACUGAGGGGUGUUAAACUAAAAUUCACAAGACUGUUUAGCUUCUCAGGGCAACAUAUCCGUCCAUUUAGCAGGUUUAUAGGCUUCUUUACCCAGCAUGCAUUGCAGCUGAGGCCCAAAACACUCAGGAGAGUCAGAUGACAUUAUCAACAGGAGGAGCUGUUUACUGAACACACUGCAGUAAAGACUGGACAUGUUUUCUUUCAUUACAGACACAGACGGAUCCUAGAAGCUUCUCUUCUGUUCACUCUUAAGCAGUUACAGCCUGUCCUAACUGCACACUGCAGCAAACUGGUGUUUGAGAUAAUAUCAGUUUGAUUAUACUGAAUCCUAUUGGAGUUUUCCUGACAGCAUGCAAGCAAUGCAGCGUUUUUCCCCAGAUUGCCCUGUUCCAAUUUUCCUCCAUAUUGCUAGGGUGAACAUGGAAUGAAAGAGGGAGAUGACAAGGCACCAUUUCUCAAGAGACAGAUAUAAUAGCUUGUUUUAAAAGUGGGUAUAGUGGUGCUUUAAUGUUAUCCAUAUCCAUGGUGCGCAUGCUGUGCCCUGACUUUUCAGAGCCCGGAGGCAAAAUCAAACAGCUCGUUACCAUCAAAAACUGGUCAGUACAAGUGCCACACUUCCUUUGCUUGAUCAUCAGAAUAAAAAAGAUGCAUGUCGUGUUUUUUACUAUUAGAAAACUGAAAUUUACCAUGCAGAGAAGUAGAUAUUAAAGGGGAGAUAUUAUGCAAAAAUCACUUUUUCAGGCUUUUCAGCUGAGAGGGGGAUCAGGAGAGCCACAUCCAUUUCCUGAGAGGGGCGGAGUCAAACAGCUCAGAAACAUUUAA